AACGUCGUGUAUGUUAAGCUGUUGCAUGCACAACAGCGGCGUUGUACUACUGCACGCGUUAGUUGGAAAAGUCAGAUAUGAUGUGGUGGCAGACCCGUAUUUGGGCCUGGCUCGCUCUGCCUCGAAUGCCCAGCGGAUCUCCUGGCUAUCUCCUCGUAUACCUCGGAUCUGCGCGUGUGCUCUGUAGAACAAAUGCGUACCUUCCCUCAGUCCAACACUUCCUUUCUUACGAUCUCCCGCAACUCAAUCGUCAGCUUCACCGGGCGAAUUUCAACAACUGCUGCCGUCAUGACAGUAGCUGAUAUCCUACCCUUCUCUGUCAAGUAUUUCAAUGCCCCCAGCUACUGGCAAUUCCUUCUUGCUGUGGCGCGCAGUGGGUGCUAAUAUCCCUUACUGUUUACUAUAGCUCGGAGGACAUGCCGGAUUUUCGAGGUAUUCGUCGUUUUCCGUGAUGGGUUCCUUCCGACCUGAGAUUACGCGAGCUAUAAACUGCAUUAAUAGUCUGGGAACUACCUUGCCUUUGCUGCACGCCCAUGCUGCAUAGAUUGAUUAGCGGACCCUUGUCCUGAUGGGCCUGGCGUUCGUUCUCUCUUUACUAAUUAGAAACGCAGCCUGUGACUUUCGGUUGUGCUUCCUUUAUAUACAGUUCCUGUACUCCAACAUACACCCACCGAAUCUGCAACACUUAUCUCCACAGCUUCGGUAUUGGCUCUGCUUUGUAACCGCUCCCAUCUCAUCAUGUCUUCUCAUCGACGCAGUUUGGCAGAAUGCGAUGCCAUCCUAUGUGCUCCGGGGAUGCCUCACGAGUUAGAGACUCGACUGGUUGACGGACGAAUUCAACGAGUCUACAAGAACCUCUGGCCUUCCCUCCGAGCUUUCUGGUUACAUUCUGCAGAACAAUACGCGGCGCAAACAUACAUUGUGUACGAAAAUGAAAGAGUCACUUAUAGGUCUUUACUGGAGCAGUCCCUCCUCGCAGCAUCGGUGUACAAAGACGUCUACAACAUCAGAAAAGGAGACAGAGUUGCGAUCUGCUCCCGAAACCUACCAGCGUAUUUGGCUGCGUUCUGGGCAUGUCAUUUAAUUGGCGCAGUCUCGGUUCUAGUUAACGCGUGGCUACCAUUCGAGCCUCUUUUGCACUGUUUAAUUCACACAGGUGGCAAGCUCAUAAUACUCGAUACAGAAAGAGCGGAUCGUAUCCUGCCUGCAGUGCCAAGGCUGCAAGCCAACGGCGUUUCCGGGUUUCUAGUUUUAGAUAGUCCGGUUCUUUGCGAGGGAUGGAAGACGUACCAGCUCUGGGAAGAAGUUCUCAGCCACUAUCGAGGGGACCCAACCCAAAUAUUACUGUCUGAAGAUCUUUCCAUCGACCCUGAAGAUAACGCCACGGUGAUAUUCACAUCUGGAACCACUGGAUUGCCAAAGGGCGUCUUAAGUACUCAACGACAAUUUCUAACGAAUAUACGCAAUGCCACUGUCGGGGCCUCCAGGGCGAUCCUCAGGCGAGGUGAUAAUCUUCCUGGACUUUCAGUCGGGCCUCAGAAAGGUUUGUUGGUAUCAGUUCCGUUUUUCCACGUUACCGGUUCGACUAGUCUAUCUAUGCUUGCAACGAUGUCAGGGCACAAGAUCGUCUUGAUGCGUAAGUGGAAUGUAUCGGAUGCCGUUAGGCUUAUCAGAGAAGAGAAUGUUCGGGUCGCUGGAGGCGUUCCCGCUAUGGUGUCGGACCUUAUCGAAAGCCAGCUCGCAGGGUAUGGCCUUGAGACUCUGCUUUUCGGGGGUGCCCCAGCACAUGAUCAAUUACCAGCUAAAGCUAAACAUGCUUUCCCAACGGCCGUCAUGAGUCAAGCUUAUGGCAUGACCGAGUCAAAUAGUAUUGCCGUGGCCGUGGCGGGCAUCGACUACGAGGAACGGCCCACUGCUGCAGGACUUCCCUGCCCCGUGAAUGACAUCCUGAUUGUCAAUAGCAGCGGUCUCGUUGUACCUGCUGGGGAAUCCGGCGAAGUGUGGAUACGCGGCCCUGACGUGAUGAGAAGCUAUUGGGACGACCCACAGGCAACCGCCAAGACGAUUACACGCGACGGAUGGUUGAGAACUGGGGACCUAGGAUAUCUUGAUCCCGAGGGGUUCCUUUAUAUCCGAGAUCGAAUCAAAGACCUGAUCAUACGUGGCGGGGAAAACAUCGAUUCGGUCAGCGUAGAGAACGCUAUUCUCGCUGAUCCUCGUGUGAGCGAAGUUGCUGCGGUCGGCAUUCCCGAUAAACGACUGGGAGAGUUGGUCGCUGCAGUGGUUUCUCCCAAGGCGAUGUACAGAGGGCAGGUACGAGAGUCUGAGAUUAUCGAGAUUGCACGGAAGCGACUUCCGAAAUUCGCUGUUCCUGUGAUGGUUGUCAUUCAAGAUGACGCAUUUGGUACUGUGAUGCUACGGAUUUCAGACGACAUUCCACCGCUAAUGACAUACCAUAGAACUCACACCGUCAGGGAAGAUUAAGAAAGACCCUUUGCGAGAGAUUGCGAAGGCCGAGUGGCGCAGGCGAAAUGCUACUAUCGGCGUGCGAGCCGUGUCCCGGUUGUAAAGGCAUGACAUUUGCCGUUUUUGUUAUAAUUAUGCCAGAAUGACAGAAGUGUACAAUUAUGAACGGAGUCAAGACGAUCCUACGAACUGCGAACGGGUAUACAGCGUGGAGGGCAAAAUUACACCUCAGGAAAUACUGCUACAAUCGACCACGUCUUUCGUACCUAUUCAAUAACACAAACUCAAUUCAAUCUAGCUUUUCUGAU